AUGGCUUCAUAAGUAUAAAAUAAUAAAGAUUAUAAUCAAUUACUAACAAUUUGGAGUGAUUAUUUUAAUAAGCCAGCUAAGGAGGCAAUUGAUCCUUAAGACAAUGUUCAUAAUAUGAUAAUCCUAUUUUACAAACUAUUUCAAGAAAAUGAUUCAAUAAUUGAAUUUUAACAUACACCAUAAUUGAUUGAAUGUAAAAUUGAUAUAUAACAAUUAUUCAAAUUGAUUGAUGAUGGUGAAUAACUUCAAAAUUUAUUCAUAAAUGACCCUUAAGAUUGGAUAAGUUCAAUUUCAUUAGCUAUAUCAAGUUUGAAUAAAAAUAAGAAAGUAGUUUGUAGACUUCAUAAUAUUCCUUUGUCCAAAAAACUAGGUUCCUAAGACAUUGGUAAGUACAUUGCGAUUAUGGGAACCAUUAUCACCACAGGUUCAUCAAAAUUAUUAUUAGAAAGAGCAUGCUUUAUUUGUAUAUCGUGUGAUGAGUUUGAAAGUAAUAAUUUAAAUAAAUUAGAAUAUUAUGUAAAUUCAGAUGGAUCGAUUCCAAAGGUAAAUUAAUGUAAUAAGUGUGGGAAUAUGAAUACAAUGAAACUGGAUAGAAAUAGAAGUGAUGUUGUAUUGUAUUAGACAAUAAAAUUAAAUGAAUUAUCAAUAGAAGUGGAAUUGAGAGAUCUUUAUGUAAAUUGUUUUAUGUCUGGAGAUGAAAUAGUAGUUCAUGGGAUAGUAAAGACAAUCCAAGAUGAAUAAAAGAGUUCUCUAUAUGUAAAAUAUAUAUAGGCAUAUCAUGUAAAACAUGAAUAGAUAAAUGAAAAUUUUACUCGACAAGAAAUCAAAACAGUAAAUGACUUGGCUAAAAAUGGAGAGUUGUUUUAUGCAAUGAUAAAUAAUUUCUGUCCAAGUAUAUAUGGACAUGAGAUUGUAAAAGCUGGUUUAUUAUUAUCAAUAGUAGGAGGAAGUACUUGUAAUAGAAAUGCAUCACAUUGCUUAUUAGUAGGUGAUCCUGGUUAAGGAAAGAGCUAAUUGUUGAAGUUUGCUCAUCUAUUAUCAACUCGUUCUAUUUAUGUUUCAGGAACAGCAGUCUCAUAAUGUGGUUUAACUUGUUCAGUGAAUCAUAAGAAUGAUGAUACAAUUAUUGAUGCUGGUGCAUUAGUGUUGGCUGACAAUGGAGUUUGUUGUUUAGACGAAAUUGACAAAAUGUAGAGUUAACAUUAUGCCUUAUUAGAAGCGAUGGAAUAAUAAACCAUCACUUUAGCUAAGAGUGCUGUUAUGUGUUAAUUUUAUGCUAGAACAACUAUUAUAGCUACUGCUAAUCCAGCAUAAGGACAUUUUAAUAAAACUAAAUCGUUGAUUGAGAAUCUAAAAAUAUAAAAUACUUUAUUGUCUAGAUUUGAUUUAAUUUAUUUAUUGAUUGAUGAACCAGAUAUGGAAAGAGAUUAAAAACUAUCAGAACACAUAAUGAAUUUUCAUAAUAUGAAAACCUCAAGAAUCAAAUUUCAUAAUAAUGAUGAAAUAAAAACACCCAAUGCUUAUAGAACCUUGAAUGAAAGAUUACAUCAAAACUAAAUUAAUCAAGAGCUACCUUAUUAAUUAAUGAAGAAGAUUAUAGCUCAUGUUAAAAAUAUUAAGUCAGUCCUUACAUUAGGAGCUUAGAAACUUAUUACUUCAUAUUAUUUAAAAAUUAGGUAAACUGCUUUUGGAAUGCCCAUAACAAGUAGAUAAUUAGAAUCACUUAUUCGAUUAUCUUAAGCUAAAGCAAAGUUAUGUUUAAGAUAAGAAGUAACUGAAGAAGACGCUUAAUUUGCAAUAGAUAUUUUUGAAGAAAGCAGAUUCGAUUGUUUUAUUAGUGGUUUAGGCAAUUAAUCCACCAAUAAGAAAGGUUAAAAUAGUUCACUCAAUAACUCUAAAAAUAUAGGCACAUUAUCUAAACCUAAAUAAACCUAGAUCUUCUUAGAUGAAUUGCAUAAAGUAUCAUUAUAAAAGGAUUCUUAUGAAUUUUCAAUGGAAGAACUAAAAAACACAGCCAGAAAAAUAAAUCUGUAGGUUGGAGAUUUAGGAGAUUUCAUUAAUAAAUUAAAUUAUGAUUGCAUGCUUAUUAUGAGAGGGAACAAUGUUUAUGAAUUAAACUAUAAAAGAUGA